GAAUGAUCAAAAUACAGUGAUGCUGUUUGAUUGAUAUAUGUCUACUUUUACUCUGCAAUCAAGUACUUACUAUCUGCAAAGACUGUGGUUCAUCAUAUAAUGCUUAUUGUUUACAUUUGGUAAACAAUCAGUAACUGAAUAAAACAAGUAAUCGAUAUUCUUUAGGUUACAUCUAAAAGCAAUGCUGGACAGUAGAUCACAACGAGUACAAAGGCAGAUGUUUGAGAAAAACUGCAGUCCAUACGAGUGAACAUGUUCAGAAAGUAGGGAUAUACAGAUCAUAUCAAGUAUACAGUAUAUGUUAAUAUUUAACAUGUUUUUUUAUGAGGCUCUUUUAGUGCCUCUUGGCCAGUAACUUUUUCAAAAAUAGUUUAUUACAGUAUUUAGAUUUGUAUCGUCUUCCUUAUCUUUCUUAUUCCUGGGUGCUUCCACUGUCAGGGUGAAAAACAACUACAGUAUCUUCAUCUUGUGCUUGUUGAUUAACGUCGCCAUGGCUGACAAAGAACCCGAAGCCCUGAAAAUGAAACGGGAAAUAGGGCUGAUUGGCGGUGUAGCACUUGUUUCAGGAACUAUGAUUGGAUCUGGUAUAUUCAUGUCACCACAGUUUGUACUGGGCUAUGUGGGAAGCCCUGGUGCGAGUCUGGUGAUCUGGGCUCUUGCAGGAGUUGUAGCCAUGACUGCAGCCCUGUGCUACACCGAGAUUGGGACCAUCAUUUCUGAAUCUGGUGGGGACUUCAUCUACAUCUUGAGGAUCUAUGGACCAUGCCCUGCCUUCUUUGCUGCGAUCACUUUCAUCCUGGUUGUGAGGCCAUUCGGCAUUGCAGCUAUGGCAAUAAGCAUUGCAGAGUAUGUCACAGCACCUUUUUAUACAGAUUGCCUUCCUCCUCAGAUCGUAGUGAAGUGUGCUGCAGCUGUGGCUAUUCUGGUUGUUGCCUUUGUAAACGUCUUAAAUGUCCGUGUGGCCAUUAAGAUCCAGGUGGUCUUCUUGGUGGCCAAGGUGCUAGCGUUGACUUUUAUUAUAAUUGGAGGCAUAGUGAAGGCCAUACAGAACAACAAUGUCAUUGUGGAAAAUCUAAAAGUUGAGAACGCUUUUAAAGGCACUCGGUACUCUUUGAGCACUCUAGGAAUGGCUUUUUAUCAAGGUUUAUGGUCUUAUGCUGGAUGGUACAACCUGAACUAUGUAACUGAAGAGCUCAAAAGACCAGAGGUGAAUCUUCCCCGGGCGGUAAUAAUAGCCAUUUCCCUGGUGACUGGUUUGUAUCUGCUGGUGAAUGUGAGCUACCUGACAGUAAUGACGCCUAAAGAGCUCAUGUCUUCCACUGCAGUAGCAGUGACCUGGGGGAAUAAGGUGUUAGGCAGCUGGGGCUGGAUCAUGUCAUUGGCUGCAGCACUUUCUGCUUUCGGUUCCUUGAAUGGUACGUUCUUCAGCGGUGGCCGUGUGUGCUUCGUUGCUGCCAGGGAAGGACAUAUGCCAGAUAUUCUGGCUAUGGCUCACGUCCGCAGACUGACUCCGUCUCCAGCCCUGAUCUUCACAACCAUCGUCUCUCUCAUCGUGCUGAUCCCAGGAGACUUUCAGAGUAUUGUCAACUUCUUCAGUUUCACUGCUUGGUUUUUCUACGCCAUCACCCUGUCGGGACUUCUCUAUCUCAAGAUUAAGAAGCCAGAGCUCCCGAGGCCGUAUAAGGUGCCGAUUAUCCUCCCCAUAUUGGUCCUCAUCGCAGCAGUAUUCCUGGUGCUGGCCCCUAUCAUAGACGACCCUCAGAUUGAAUACCUCUAUGUAGCUUUGUUUGUCUUAAGUGGUGCUAUAUUAUACGUACCGUUCAUCCGUUACAAGCUCUGCCCAGGACUGCUCACAAAGUUAACUGUGUUCCUGCAGCUGUUCUUAGAGGUUGCCCCAGCAGAGAAAAACCUUUGAUUUGGGCAGAAAAAUCAAAAAAAUAAGGAGUUUUUUCAGUUUUAUUACUUUUCAAGUGCACCUGGGUUUGGCUAACUACCUCCCAUUUCUACUAUUACAGGGCGCACAGUUAUAACAGUGGCAGAAGAGUGCAGGUAACCACAAUCUGCCUGGAGAGUGCUUCAAUAAGUAUUGAUAAGUUUGGUGUUACAUAAAGGCUUUGUUUUUAAUUUCAAGGAUCACGUGGAAAGAAGCUACAUUUUAUUUGUGAAAUCAAACGUUUCUGUCUGUGUUGUGUCUAUUGUUUUUUUUGUAAUAGAUAUUUGUUGCAAUCGAUUCAAGAUUUAAGAUAUAUGAAAAUGGCAUACUUGGUAAACACCUUUAAAUGUUGCUCCUUGAAUAGAUAGACAUUCUGAUUUUAGGGAAACAAGAAGAGAAUGCACCAUGACAGGAGCUUCUGUCAUGAAAAUGCUGCUGUGCAACAAACUCACUGACAUCACAAGCACUCCAUGUUACACUGUAGUAACUCUGAGUGGAUCCGUCACAACAACUAUGUCAAAAGAAGCUUUUCUGCCUGUAGCAAUUUCAAAUAAAACAUGUUUCAGUUAAAGAAAUGUGUGAAAUAAUCAAAUAUAUUACAUCAAUAACUGUGCUUCAGGAGACUGUAUCAAAGGAAAUACAGCUUGUUUUUUAAAAUGUUGGACCGAUGCAAUUGGCACAACCUCAUUUGUUAUUGAUUAACUGUUCUGUCUGUGCCAAAAUUUCAGCACGUUCAGUUCUUCAGUUUUUAAUUUUAUUCUUGUGAAACUGAAACCCAUCUGUACCCAGCUGCACUUUGUGUUCAAAACAGAUCAACACAUUGUGAGCUGACAACAUGUAAAACAAAGAUUGGGAUCAUGUUGGUGCGUUGGCAUUACACAUUUAAUUUCUAUAUUUACAUACAGCCUAUGGUAAAGUCUAGAAGAGCUAGAUUUUAAUUUUAAUUUUAAGCCUUUAUUCAGGUAAGACAGUGUAUUGAGUUGAAAACUUUGCAGAGAUGAGCCGAGAAUGAGUCAGAAGUUGUACACUUACUACUUCACCUUUAGUCAAAAUUCCAAAACGUCUAAAACAUCUCAAUUGAGCUGAACCCCUCCUCCUUUUUGGAUCUUGAAUUUAAAUAAAUGAUCAUUAAAACAGAAAAUGUGGAUUAAAAAAAAAAGUUUAUUAAAUAAUUGUUAUCCAAAAGGAUAGAACAAGACAUGGCCAAUUCAUAGUGCAACUUUCACAUGACAAAAGAUGGUUCAACACAAGAAAAGGAAUGGAGCACAGGCAUGAGAGAAGUCAGCGUUUGUGUGUGUGCAUAAUGUACUGUGAAUAUAAAGUAUAGGAUCUGUGAUAGUUAUCAAACUGUCACUCUUCUCUGUCUGUUGUCACUCGGAUGUUUUUAGCUUGUUCAGCUUCAAUAUUCUGUUUUCUAACAGAAGGGGAUUUGUUUUAUUUCAUCACAUGUUGAUACAUUUAUGGAAAGGAAAAGCCUAUGAGCUGUUUAGACAAAUAAAAUAACUUACUGUUGAGUUGAUUGUUCUAGAUAAAAGGUUCCCUGGUAA